AUGCACCCUAAUCAAGCUGGAUUCAGACCGGAGCACGAUUGUGCUGACCAGAUAUUCACGUUAAGAAGGGUGUUAGAAGAUCGCUUCAGAUAUUUGCAACCCACUGUCACGUGUUCCAUAGACUUUGCGACUGCCUUUGAUUCAAUUGAUAGAGCGGCGCUUUGGAGAAUGAUGGAACGCGACGGUAUUCAAGAGAAGAUCAUUCGAACUCAUAAAGGCAUUUUAUGA